CAUACCGGGGAGGGGGCUGAUGGAUCAUGGAUGAGCUGGGGCUGGGAAUCACGUACCGGCCAUUCGCAACCUCAACCACGGACCAUGGGCACAUCCACAAGAUGGUGUGAUGUUGCAUCAACGCCACGCUUUCUUCUUGUGCCGCUGGCUCGCCGCCAGAUUCGCCAUACUGCCUGGCCACCACUACACGCACACACGCACACACGCACGUACGCACGCACCACGCAAAUCCCAUGAGAGUUUUGGGACCUCUUUCGUACCGUCAAACCUAUGCCCAGCCGGCUGGCAGCAGACUGCUCCAAACAAACGUUCUCAGCUGGUCAUUCCCAAAGCAGACACGAAGGUGGACAGAAAGGGACAGGAACGAAAAGAAGGGUCUUCUUGGCCGUGUUUGACCCUCGUCUGCUUCGGCCUCGAUUUUGUUUUUUUCUCUCCUCUGGGCUGGGGCGGUCGUGCCCGUGCGACUCUCAGACAAACCGUUAAUGACCCAGAUAUUGCAGAUGGCAGGCAGGUUUGGAGGUUGAGCCAAGGUUGUCGAGCUGAGUCAAACACCAGCCAUUCGUCCCGUCUUUCCAGUCAUCCGAAGUUCCUGACAGACGUAGGGAACCACAGGCGCAGCAUUGGCUCGAUCCCACAGACAUUAGGCUGCUUUGCUCUUCUGCGUUCAAUAAGUGCAUGCCCACCUCGUCCACUAGGAGUUAUCGGUCAGCGUCCGUGUAUGGAGGAAAUGAGACUUUAGUUCAUACGCUCACGCAAACUCACGAUUGUGUGCCUGACUGAAGGCGGCAGCCCUGUUCGGCGUCCUUCACUUGGUGCCCAGAAUUCAAGCUUACUUGUGUGUGGAGGCAUCUAUAUGCAAGGACAGGCACUGUACAACUUUCCUGCCCACUCGUGCAGCCCGCGAAUCCAUAAACACGGGCUUGGCACGCCGGGGUUGAUCUGACUUGAUUCGAUUUACAGCUCACUGCUGCU